AUGGUGAAGACCUGCAACUAUUACGAAAUAAGGUAUCGUGUAAGGAAUGUCAACACAUGCGCAAUCAACAACACCACUAAAUCGCACACACUUUCUCUCCCAUUAUAUUUCUUCUUCCCCCCUCUCUCACCCUGCAUUUCUCUGUUUCUUUCUUUCAUUAACACACACCUCAAUCACAAAGAAGCAAUAAAUACAGUAAAUAGCGGAGUGCAAAUAAUUUAUUUCUUUGUCAUUUUUCUUUCUCUUCUAUUUUCUUCACUCAAGUGUUAUUUAACGCUUUUCAGUGUUUGUUUUGGUUUUAAUUCAUGUUAUUUAUUUAUUUUAUUUUUCGUUCGUUUUUUUUUUCGUCUUUAUUUAUGCCAUUUCAUCUUCAUUCAUUUUCAUCAUUUUCUUUCUUUCUUUCUUUCUUUCUUUCUUUCUUUCUUUUGGUCAUUCGUUCUUUCUUUUCGUCUUCUGUUCUUUCUUUUCGCCUUUAUGUCAGUUUAUCUUUUAUUCAUUUUUAUUGCUUUCUUAUUUUUUUUCUCCAUUUUGGAUUUUGAUUCUAUCUUUUCGUUUUUUCAUCUUUCUUUUCAAUUUUCUUUAUGUCAGUUUAUCUUUCAUUCAUUUUUAUUGCUUUCUUUUUUCUUUCUUUAUUUCUUUUCGUCUUUAUGUCAUUUAAACUUCAUUUAUCUCGUUUUCAUUUAUUACUUUUACGUUCUUUCUCUUGUUUUAUUUAUUUCUUCUGACUUUUGCUUUCUUUUUUUCUCUUUCAGAAAUUCAUUCGCCAGAAAUACUGCUUUCUUUCUUUCUUUCUUUCUUUCUUUCUUUCUUUCUUCAUUUGUUUCAUUUAUUCUGUUUUUCUUUUCUUUUCAUUGUUAA